AUGGAAAAUUUACCGCUGGAAAUUUUACUUCAAAUAUUUUCGCACUGCCAAGCUACUGAGCUCCUUCAUCUGACUGAAACCUGUUCAUACUACAACAAAAUCAUCAGCACAAGGAAGGAAUUGUCUGAAAAAUUCACAAUUUACUUCCGUCAUCGAGAAGACUUCUUCAAAAGCUCACAAAACCGAAAAUAUCAAAGAUUGACGGUUGAUAACUUUGUUGAACGGAUUCAUAUUGGUGCAUUGAGUUCAAUUGGAACUGACAUUGAGCAUUUGGAGAUUAGAAGAUGGAACUGGAACUUGCCAGCAAAGUUGUUCUUGUAUAUCUUCAAAAAGUGUCCAAACUUGAAAUUUAUCAGAUUUAAAGGCAUUCUGUUCCAUUAUCAUUUGGAGUUCCACGAAAGUGUUCAAUUCAGGAGCUUGCUUGACCUGCAAAUCAUGGAGAGUGACUCGAGGAUCUUUAAAAUCUUUCAGCAUUCAAAAUGUCAUCGACUUGUCUACGAUUAUGUCCCAACUGGAGGGAAUUUACCGAUUCCUGACAUGAUUAACUUCCUACAAGCUCAGGACCAGCUGGAAGACUUGACAUUAAGUGGAUUUUUGGCAUUCUUUAAUGCUGGAAUCGGACGGAUUAUCUUUCAUGACUCAUCGCUGUCGGAAGUGCAGUUCAGACUGAAGAAGUUGUCAAUUAAAAAUUCACCAAUCUUAGAGACCAUCCACUUCCGUAGAUUCAUUGAUCUUCACAUCAAAAGCCUUAAAUACUUAGAAAUUGAUGGAACUGAAUUUUGGGACUUCUCGGACUACAUCAACCGUUGUACUAACCUUCAGGAACUGAAGAUUGGCAAAAAGAGUCGACAAGUCACACUCAGCUGUCUCCAGCCAGUUCCGACUGUUAAAAUAUUGAAGAUUGAAGGUCCAGUUGAUAAAAACUUCCUUGCCAACUUCCCAAACCUUAAAACUCUGGAAGCAUCAAAUCUAAGGACUGAAAAGGAUAAAUUUGAUGAGGAACUAGUCUGCAAUAAAGUUGAGGAUUUAACGAUAGUAAAGACAUGGCUCGGUGGCUUCUUUAAGUUCUCAAAGUUGAAAAAAUUAAAAUUGAAGAACAUUCGAGUCAUGGAUUACAGGAUUUUUGAUGAGAAUUCAGGCAUUGAAGAGCUGAUCAUUGAAAGCUGUGAAAAUUUGGAGAUUCUAGAUGCUGAGGUUCAUAAGAAGUUGCCUAAAUUGAGGAUUUUAAAGAGAAUUUGA